UGUGUUUGCUACAAGUUUCUCAUUGCUAAAAGAGACGCAGACAUAGGGGCAGUGUGUGCGUGAGUGAGUGUGUGUGCGCGUGAAUGAGUGAAGCCUUAUGGACGAGCUGCUGCAGAACCGUCGGACGGCAGUCGUGCUAAUUGAUAUAAAUCCAACGAAUAGGGGGUGAACCCAAUCGUAAGGGUCCUGCCAAAAAAAGAAAUCUAACUUUAACAUCAAACCGUAAGAAAAUCCUGCAAAAGAACGCACAAAAAACGAGUAAACCGGGGAACUUUUUAAAAAAAAUUCUUAAAAGGGAAUAUUUUUUGUUGUUAUUAUUAUUUUUUUUAUUGGGAGGGUAGAAUUUGGGGGGAAAAAAAGCCGUCGAUCUUACGUGCCUAACAGGUUAAAUGAAUUUGGAGCUUUGCCGGUUGGCGAUUUUUGCGAUCUUUCCACUCGCGUUAGCAGUUCCGUAUGAGUGUGCGAGCGUGAGUGUGUAAAUGUGUGUUUAACCCUUUCCUGCGCCCUGUGAAUUUCGUACAAUGCUGAAGGUUUUAACCAAGAAGCUCAGGAACCAGAGUUUAAGUGAAAUUCAACUCAAGAUUUCCUACCCCCCCAGCGAUGACGACGACAGCGACGAUUCCGAGGGAGAAAAUCAAGAACUUGCGCAGAUUGACAAAGAAAGAAGACGGGAUUGUAUUUUGACGCCGUUGGCAACGAACCAGCUGCAGAACCAGGAGAACCAGUGCUGCAAAGUGCGUGCGUUAUUCCACCCCGGCCUGGACCGCCAUAGCUCCGAGGAGGAGCUGGAGCGAAUCAGCAGGGAGUUUGCCGCAGAGAAACGCAAGUGGUCUCAGGUCAGCAGACUAAGUUGCCAUAGCGACAACACUUCAUCCAGCGACGAGGAGGUGAAGCACCUUUGCGGGGUGUCCGUCCGGUCUGUGGAGCAGACAGAUGGGCUGCGUGGCACUUCCAGUCCCGUUCUGUUCAGUGCCUCCCCUCCCAAAAGACUGCAGCCCCUGCCCCGAAACCCGACCUCUCGCCCCCUAAUAUUCACUAGUAUGGGAGCCAGCUUCGACCAAGGAAUGCCAUGUAAACGACACAGACACGGGUAUGGAGACAAGACCAGCAGGCCCAGUCUGGACUUAGAGAAGAUGCAACAGAAGAUGCUUCUUAAGAAGAGCUGCGGAUCAAAGACUAGAGUCAUCAAAAUAAGAAAUAUCUCCGGUGCUCGCCAGUCUCCACAUUACGUCUAUGACCCAGCAAUGUUUGCGUUUCGCUCCCUUAGCACCGUUAAGUCCAUCAGCCCGCUAGUUCCCGUCGAAGAACCGUCACGCGCUUACUAAAGAGGAGUAACGUUCUAGCCUCAGGACCUUCACCGGUCGACCAAUCGGCCUUCAGCAACAAAACGUGGAACUUAAAGCAAUAAGAAUCUUUUGAAAGAGACUCGUUUUCUUUUUUUUUUCCUUAUAUUGUUGUUCUAAGACCAGCACUGGCAUUUUAUCAAAAAACUAGUAGGUAAGAGAGUCAAGCAAGUAGAAGACCUCUCACAGCGAAGAAGAAGAAGAAGAAGGACAUGGUCUUCAAAAGGUGAAGAGCAAAGUUGUGGUUCACAGAUGGAACCUUGGGUAGAACCUGCAAGAGGUUCUCCAGUUCUUAUCUACAUUAGCAGAGGAACAAAUGUUUGGAGCUGGUUCUGAGUAUUUGGUUUAUCCCGUUGAAGGAGACGAUGGAGAAGAACAUAUAUGAUGUGGCUACCUGGCUUUGAGGUCCUUAAAUUGAAGACUAAGAUUCCAUUGAGGAGGUUGACGGAGACGUCCCGUCUAGUGCUCCACACCUUGCCAGAUGCCUUAGUCUUUACCAGCUAUAAGAUGCGUGUUCUUGCUUUGAUUAUUUUGUACGUGUGUCAUGAGAUUUGGGCGAGCGCCUCCUCUUCAUGGCCGCGCGACGAGGUCGGCCAUACCUUGCGAUCAGAAAGCAUGGGGGAGGGAAGUCUUUACGUUGGAGAAAAGAUCAAUGGAUUUUCUUUGUUAGACCCAUCCUGGCAGAAUUG